CAGUUGCUUGCCAUCAAAUCACAAACCGCCACGGUUUCGGUUCCGCGAUGGAAUAAAUCGCAGACCGCGCUCGGGGAAGAAGAGAGCGAAGGAGGAUGAGCCGCCGGCCGUGGCGUCCCGCUCUCUCCGACCUCUUCCUCCUUAUCCUCUUCUCUCUCCUCCUCUCCUUUUUAUUCUGGAAGGCGAUCGAGGUGGGCGCCGACUCCGCCGUGAGGGUCAAGAAGUCCGCCGAGUUCCCUCUCCGCUUCCGCUACGACGGCACCUUCAAGAUACUCCAGGUCGCGGACAUGCAUUUCGGCAAUGGAGCGGUGACCCGGUGCCGAGAUGUGCUCCCGUUCGAGUCCGCCCGCUGCUCCGAUCUCAAUACUACCCAGUUCCUCCGGAGGAUGAUUGAGGCCGAGAAGCCCGAUCUCAUCGCCUUCACAGGGGAUAACAUAUUUGGGACAAGUGCAACAGAUGCAGCGGAAUCACUGUUUCAAGUGUUUCGGCCUGCCAUGGAGUCCAGGAUUCCCUGGGCGGCAAUCUUGGGUAAUCAUGACCAGGAGUCCACCAUGACCCGGGGAGAGCUGAUGUCGUUCAUCUCCCUCAUGGAUUAUUCUGUUUCCCAGCUCAACCCGCCUGGUUUCAAGAUAGAUGGAUUUGGGAAUUAUGACAUCAGGGUGCAUGGAGCGUUCAGUUCGGGAAUGGCUAAUACCAGCGUGCUAAAUCUCUACUUCCUUGAUAGUGGAGAUCGUGCAAUGGUCGGUGGAGUUAGAACUUAUGGAUGGAUUAGGGAAUCUCAACUCACCUGGCUUCGCACCGCUUCACAAAACCUUCAGCAGGGCAUCUUUCCAGCUCCAGCACUAACUUUUUUCCAUAUCCCCAUUCCAGAGGUUCGAGAUCUCUGGUAUAGAGGGUUUGUGGGCAAAUAUCAGGAGGCAGUUGCUUGUUCUAUGUUCAACUCUGGGGUCCUAAAAUCCCUCACCUCGAUGGGAGAUGUGAAGGCAGUAUUCCUUGGUCACGAUCAUCUUAAUGACUUUUGCGGCAACAUUGAUGGUAUAUGGUUUUGUUAUGGUGGAGGUUUUGGCUACCAUGGCUAUGGAAGGGCUGGCUGGCCUAGGAGAGGGAGGGUAAUUUUAUCCCAGCUGAGAAAAGGCAAGAAGGCAUGGAUGGGGGUUGAGUCAAUCCGGACUUGGAAGCGGAUGGAUGAUGAGACUCUGACUAAGACUGAUGAGCAAGUGCUCUGGAGUGAUGGUGGUAUGGAAGAUGUGGAUCACUAGAUGCACAUUUUUUGCCUGAUUUUUUUGUGUUCUUGAAGUUUGUCUUCCAUAUGUGAUAAUUUCUUUGAUUACAAAUUUGUAAUAGUUACUGGUGAAGCAGGAGAGAGCGCCGACCGGUCCAGUUUGUAUAGUCUUUUGUUUCCAUUCAAGGGGCAUGGGUUUGAUCCUGCCUUAACUCUUGAUAUAUCAGCAGGUUUCUACGUGCCCUAGUCCUUUGAAAAAAAGAAAUGGUGAGGAAGUUGGAGAGAAAUUUCUUUUGGCUAGUCUUGAUUGUUGCAUCCUUGUAUGUGGGUGAUGAUUGGUUUUCUAGGAGUUACCAUCUGCUUUGAUGUCAAAAAGGUGAUAAUCUCGGGGUCUGAAUCGACUUUCACUUACGCA